GUCUGUCACCACCGCCCUCAAACCCAUGUGCAUUUUAAUUGAGUGUGCAGCGGGGAGCCUAGAUGAGGUCCCUCGGUCCGGCCCUCCCCUGCACUGCCUGCCCUACUGAAGCUGCGUCUUCCAGUCCUCAGUGCUCCCGGGAGCCAGUGACCUUUGAAGAUGUGACUGUGAACUUCACUCUAGGAGAAUGGGCUUUGUUAGAUUCUUAUCAAAAGGAGCUCUACAGAGAUGUGAUGAAGGAAACCUUUAGCAACCUGAUCUCCAUAGGGAAAACAGAGGAAGAAAGUAUUGGAGAGGAUUACCAAAGUAUUAGGAGAAAUCUGAGCACUCAUGUGGUUAAAGGAUUCUAUGAAUCUGAAUGUGGUAUUCAGUAUGGAGAAACCCACCGACAGAUUCGAGAGCCUGUUGGUAAUGAGGACAUGCCUCCUGGAAUAGCAGUCUGUGAAAGCAGUGUGUGUGCAAAUGAUGCCAUUGGUCUUUCACAAUCAGAUGUGAAUCACAGCGAUCCAACUGUAGGGAAACCAUAUGAGUAUCAGGAACAUAAGGAAAAAUCUUUUAAACAUAAGAAACAUUGGAAAGAUUUUACAUAUUCCGAGUCCUUUCUUACCCUUGAGAAUCCUUCCAGAGAGAAACCCUGUGAAAAUAAACUGUCUAAUGAACACUGGAGGAGUCUUGCUUCUGCUCAGGAUUCUCAAGCAACGCGUAGUGGAGAUAAUGUCCUUGAAUAUAAGCAGUUUGAAGCAGCUCUCAUGGCGUGCAGCUAUGUUCAGUCUUAUGAAAAACUCCAAACUGGAGAAAAGACUUUUGUGUGUAAGCAGUGUGGUGAAGCCUUCACUAAUUCUAGUCACCUUAUCAAACAUCAUAAAAGUCAUCCUAGAGAGAAGACUUUUGCAUGUAAGUAUUGUAGAAAAGCUUUCAUCCAUCCAAGGGCCUGUUAUAAUCAUGAACGAACUCACACUGGAGACAGACCUUAUGUGUGUAAACAGUGUGGGAAAGCGUGUAUUCAUUCUUACCACCUUCUCCAACAUGAAAGGAGUCACACCCGAGAAAAACUUUAUGCAUGUAAGCAGUGUGGGAAAGUAUUUGGACGUUCCUCAUACCUUCGUAAGCAUGAAAGAAUUCACACUGGAGAGAAGCCUUAUUUAUGUAAGCAUUGUGGAAAAGCAUUCAGUGAUCCCACAACCCGUAACAAUCAUGAAAGAACUCACACUGGAGAGAAACACUAUGUUUGCAAACAGUGUGGGAAAGCCUUCAUUCGUUCCUCUCAGCUUCUAAUCCAUGAAAGAAUUCACACCGGAGAGAAACCUUACUCAUGUAAACAUUGUGGAAAAGCUUUCACUUAUUCCAGUGCCUGUUACAUUCAUGAAAGGAUUCACACUGGAGAAAAACCCUAUGUUUGUAAGCAAUGUGGGAAAGCAUUUACGUGUUCCACAUACCUUCACAAACAUGAAAGAAUUCACACUGGAGAGAAACCGUAUUCAUGUAAGCAAUGUGGGAAAGCCUUCAUCCAGCAUAGAGCUUGUUACAAUCACGAAAGGAUUCACACUGGAGAGAAACCAUAUGUUUGUGUGCAGUGUGGGCAUGCAUUCACUUUUUCAAAAUCCCUUCAAAUCCAUGAAAGAAACCACACUGGAGAGAAGCCAUAUGUAUGUGAACAAUGUGGGAAAGCAUUCACAUGUUCGACAUACCUUCACCAACAUGAAAGAAUUCACAACGAGAAGAAAUCCAGUGGAUAGAAUUUAUACCAAUGUAAAUCACAUGAGCGUCUUCGUAGCCAGCUUGCAAGGAAUAAAGGAUGUGUGGAGAGAAAGCAAGAGGAUAUGAGAUCAGUAGCUGUAUAAUUUUCACUUCCAUAGCAAGCGUACAUAGGAUACAAUCUGUUGUUGUACCAGAUGUGUUGAUACAUGCCUUUUAUUCCAACAUUAGGGCUUAGAGGAUUGCAACAUUGAGUAAAGUUUGUUUCAGAUAAGAGUCAUUAAAUUUUCUCAUGUAGUUGAUCAUUGUACAAGCAAGAAACGUGAAAGCCUAGAAGCAGUUUUUGGUAGAAUAUUACUGAAAACCUGAAAUACACUAAAAAUUAAAUAUUGUAAUUUUUGUUCCUUUCUUAUGUACAUACAAGACCUCUUGAUUUAAUAAAAAAAAGCUUUUAAAGUAUGGUUUGGCAAGUAAAAUAACUUUGACAUGAUUCUUUCUACCUGCCUGUUUUCCUUGUGGUUGCAAAGCUGGGGCACAACAAGAACUUUAACCCGUAGCUGAAAGUCACCAGGACACUGCCAGGAACAACAGUAACCUCUAUAAAGGAAUAACACUAACACCUGAAUUAAGAAACUACUUGAGUUUUGGUGAUAAAAUCUGUUUAGUAAAUCAACUGAAUUUCAAUUUAAUGGCAGUUUUAAAAUCAAAUAAUAAUACAGUUUCCUUUGGUAGAAAGCUGUAUUGGAUUUGUUAAAUUCAGAUGGCAUUUGUAACCAUCCGAGUAUGCUUAAUUUUUAGGUAUAUUUUGAGUCGUCGUGUUUCAGGUGAAGUUGAAAAAAUAUUUUUGUCCAUUGUUAAUAUUUUCUGGCAUGUACUUUUUAAAGCUAUUAUUGUUUGCCAGUUUCCUUAAAUUUAGGUGCGUACUUAGAUUUUUUUCUUAGAGUAACAUUUUUACAUAGAUUUUAUAUUUUGUAAUUUCAGUGUAUAUUUUCUUUUAAAGUUUUUAAUGUUUUAUUAUUUAUUUAUGUGUGUGUGCUUGUGUGUAUGUGUCUAUUUGUGUGUGUGCCAUAGUAGAGAUGUGGAGCUCAGUGGACGAUAGUCAAGAUUUGGUUCCCUGCCAGGCUUGCUCAGCAGGCAGUUUUACUCAUUGGGUCUCAUCACCAGCCCCAAUUGCCAUUUUUGAACUGUUCUUUCUUUUCUUUAUUGAGAAAUUAUCUCUCUACCUAGGUCUGUCUCUCCAGGAACUCACUAUGGAGACCAGGCUGAUCUCAAACUCAGACAGAUGUGCCACACCAUGCUUGAAACUGUGUAUCUUUAAAAGUUAAAACCUAUUGCCAUGUUAAUCAGUUUGAAACUGGUUUUUAAGAUGUAAAAUUUCUUUUAUGUUCAUAUUGUUCAACUUUUAUUAUAAGUGUUUCUUUGCUCAGCAAAACAAAAAGUAUGUUAGGCUGAUGUGUUCCUCUGGACAAAAAAAUGAACAAGACCAUACCAGGUAUCAAUAAAAUGUAAUGAAUUUUA